AUGAGCGACCUAGACCGGGCGAUCGAGCAGCUGCGGGCCUGCCGCCUGAUCCCCGAAUCUCAGGUUCGCGAACUCUGCUACAAGGCGCGUGAGCUCUUGAUCGAAGAGGGCAAUGUCGUCUCCGUCGAUGCGCCGGUCACCAUUUGCGGCGACAUUCAUGGCCAAUUUCAUGACCUCAUGGAACUGUUCCGCGUCGGCGGCGAUGUGCCCGACACCAAUUAUCUAUUCAUGGGCGACUUUGUCGAUCGCGGAUUCUACUCCCUGGAAUCCUUUCUCCUCCUCCUCUGCUUGAAAGUCCGCUAUCCAGAUCGCAUUACCCUCAUCCGCGGAAAUCACGAGUCGCGUCAAAUCACUACCGUAUAUGGGUUCUAUGACGAGUGCAUUCGGAAAUACGGAAGCGCCAAUGUCUGGCGAUACUGUUGUGAAGUCUUCGAUUAUCUCGCACUCGGCGCGAUCGUUCUCGGCGCUAGCUCAGCACUGGAACCCAGUGGGACUGGCGCAAACGACUUGACACAGUCGACGAUACCCAUGGACGAUGGGGAGCUGGAAACCGAGGUUUUGAAUUCUCGUGGAGAAGUCACAAUGAGCUCCUAUCGUCCGCGACAGCGAGCGCCCUCAGACGUCUCUACCGACUCCCGAGAAAUCUCACCUCCCCGUGACAUAUCCGCUGCACCAUCGCAGACGAGUGCGCCCACCCGGACGGGUGCUCCGGGGACGGGCGCUAGCGGAGACGGCAACGGCAGCUUGACAACCAGUCGCACCGGCGCCGUGCUCUGCGUCCAUGGUGGCCUCUCACCUUUGAUUGACUCGGUGGACAAGAUUCGAUUAAUUGAUCGGAAACAAGAAGUGCCUCACGAGGGUGCCAUGUGCGAUCUUCUUUGGUCGGAUCCCGACGAGAUUGAGGGUUGGGGACUGAGCCCGCGCGGUGCCGGUUUCCUGUUCGGUGGAGACAUCGUCAAACAGUUCAACCAUAUGAAUGGACUGUCAUUGAUUGCAAGAGCUCAUCAACUUGUGAUGGAGGGCUACAAAGAGAUGUUCGACGGCGGCAUUGUCACGGUGUGGUCCGCGCCUAAUUACUGUUAUCGAUGCGGGAAUGUGGCUGCGAUCCUGGAACUAGGCGAAGAUACAAGCAAUGGCGGUACCAUCGCGCGCAGCAACGGCGACUAUAAUCGAAGCAACGGUCUUUCGGGUCCAAGUCCGGUCUUAAGCCCCGGAAGAAGAUACCGUGUCUUCGAGGCGGCAGCACAAGACACUAGGGGUAUGCCUGCGAAAAAGCCCGUCGCCGACUAUUUCCUGUGA